UGCUUCUAGUUAAUAUUGUCAGUCGGCGGAAUUGAAAGCAUUUGGCAGGCGGGACUAUUAAAUAAUGAAUGCUUACAAGCAUAAUCAUCCAAGAUGAUAGAUAACGUUAACGACGAUUGUCAAUUUAUCAUUAUCAACUAUUUGAACUAUUCUUCACAAUUUUGGCUAUGGGUGGCCUCAAAGGACUUCGCUCCCAGAUUACAUAGAAAUGUAAGCUAUAUUUUACAACGCAAAACAAGCCAUGCUCUAGAUUAUUACCACUGGUUUGGAGAGUAUGUGCAUAAUCCAACAGAGCUGGAGGAUGACUUUCUAAGAACUAUUAGUUCAACGGUAGAACACUUGGAUCUAAAAUCUGUUAACCUGAAAAACUUGGAAUGCUUAAUGAAGCACAGUUUUCCAUGCAUUCGGUCGCUGCAUUACAGGCCGGAUAAAGUGGAUGGCACCGAACACGAUGAAGCUCUAGAACUGUUAGUAAAACUUUUUCCAGGACUCACAUCAUUUAAGCCGUUUGGGCCAGUUGAUGGUGGAGUAAUUGAAAAGUUGAAAAACUUGCGGAAACUGGACUUAAGUAGAAGUAGUUUAUUUAAUACGCGCUUAUCACUGCGUACUUUCCAGGAACUGGAACACCUAGUAAUUAGCUUGUAUUUUUUUAAAGGCAUUUCCAUUGAGACUAUAUUAAAUUUGCCCAAGCUUCGUUCGUUUAGUUUUUCAACUGAAAGCACACAAAAUAAAAGCAUUUUAAGCGAGAUUAUAGAGCAACGAGGGCUGGACAUACGUGAACUAAGCUUUAGAUUUAUCGACUGGAGCCAAUCACUGGAUAAACUGAAGCAGCUCAAGAACUUGCGCCAGUUGAUGUUAAUGGAGGAUUCCUUCAAGAAGGCGCACUUUCAAGCCUGGAUUAGUAAUCUGCCAGAAUUAGAGCAAUUAAACAUGGUUGGAGGCCAGUUUUGGUACUAUGAAAGAGACCUCUGGAAAGCAGUCGCCAGCUGCAGCUCGCUCAAAAUUUUAAAUUUCUCAGACACGCUGAUUGAUGAUGAGUUCUAUGACUCAAGCAGACAUCACAUGGAAGAAGCAUUGAACAAUCGCUCACAGCCUCUUCUGCUACAUUGCUACAAUACAGGCGAAUACGAUCGUGACACUGCCGAGUGUCAGCAACUGAUCAAUCAAAAUUUCAAGCAUUUGAAUUUGAUAGUUUCGUUUAAGGAAUUAAAAGUGGAUGAUAUUCCUUUCCAAUACACAAAAAUUGUGUUUGCAUAAAUGGAGUUUGUUUAUUAUAGCUCAUUACACUCAUUACACUGAAAAACGAGGCUUUAAGAGUAAAAACAAUUGUCCUUCCCUCAUAUUGAUAAUAAUCAUUGGCCGUUCACCAGGGCUGCAUUGAAGGUGAUGUCAGAAUUUAAAUAUUUAUGGAAAUCGGUUGCUAUAAAUUUGCCAUUUAUGGCAGAUAUCACAAAUAAGUGUUUGAUAAAACUAUUAAACGGCAAUUAGCCACAUCUAAUUAGAAACUCUUGUAUCAAUCAAUAUCUGAGUAGAUAAUAAAUUACUUGAAAAGAAAUGAGCCACAUUUAGCAAAGGAUUUCAUUAUCAUUUAGAGUCCAAUAACUAAGCAGCAUUUGGAAUUUCGCACUCUGGAGGGAGUUUAUCUGAUGAGUGGCUAAAGCUCUUUGUAAAAAACCAUUUUAUUAUAAAAAAAAUUUUAAGUUUUACAUAUUUACUUACAUAUUUAUUCAAUCGAAAAAAAAAAACAAACAAAUCACAUAUAUACAAUAUAACUAUCAGUUUUUCGCCAGUGAGGAUACAUAAAUUUGUAUGGACGCAUGUUGCUAUAAAGCAGCAGCAAUACUUGCGCGAGCGGAGAUUGCAUUUCACACAGAUGCAUGAAUUAGUAUGGACACAAGUUGCAAUAAAGCUGCAGCGAUAAUUGCGCGAGCGGAGAUUUCAUUUCACAACUAAAUCAAAUCCGCAAAACGUGCGUCGCAAUAAUUUUUAGCCGGCGGAAAAAGGCUAGUGAAGAAAGAAACUUAAAAAUUUUCAUUAAUAACCGUCCACAAGAUGAUGGAAAUUCUUAAUGACGAUUGUCAACUGCUUAUUAUAAGCUAUUUGGACCUGAUAUCACAAUUCCGGUUGUGGGUGGCAUCAAAGAACUUUGCUCCGCAAAUUUAUAAUAAUUUGUGCUACGCCUGGCAGAGACAACCAUGUCAUAAGUUAAGUCAUUACAUGAUUGAGGAGUUUGCAACACAUGGCAUACAGAGCGAGUUGGAUUUCAUUGCCAUCAUCAGUCCAACUGUGAGAGAUCUGAGAUUACGCGUCGUUUAUCUAAGGAAUUUGGAGCGCUGGCGGGGCCUAAGUUUUCCGUUAAUGGAAACGCUGCAUUUCACACUGAAAGAAAACGGCACCACCAAACAUGACAGGGCACUAGAGCUUAUAGUCGAACUCUUUCCAAGGCUGAGAUCAUUCAAGUCGGCAGCGUCCAUCAAUGGCCAAAUAAUUGAAAAAUUGACAAUGUUGCAAUCCUUAGACUUAAUGAAAAGUGUGCCAAUUAAUGUCGGUGUAUCCGUGACUAAGUUCCAGCAGCUCGAACACCUUAAGCUUAAUGAGCACUUUUUAUCAAACAAUCCCACUGGGAGCAUCAUGAGUUUACCGAAGCUUCGCUCGCUGUGCUUUAGGCCCAAAUGGCCGCAAUAUGAAAAUAUUCUGAAAGAGAUAGUUGAGCUACGAGGGCAAGACAUAAUUCACAUUGCUUUCUGUUCAGAAUGGGGUGAGCUGCUUGGACACCUGAAACAGCUUAAGAACUUGCGGCAGUUGACCUUCUACGAUAGCGACGAGGCGAAUGCAUUUAAUUCUCUGAUUUCUAGCUUACCAGUAUUGGAGCAAUUGAAUCUGAUCACAUCAGAUGCAUUUUUACCCAAUGAGAUUGAGCUCUGGCGAAUUGUCGCUACGUGCAGCUCGCUUAAAAUAUUGAAUAUAUCGCAAAUACCGAUUGACUAUAAGUUUUUUGACCUAAGAAAUAGUGCCAUGAACAGGGCGUUAAGAAACCGUUCGCAGCCUCUGACAUUGCAUUGUUGUAGAAGUGGCGAAUUUGAGCAUCUGAUUGCUGAAAAUUUCAGGCAUCCGAAUUUGAUUCUUUCCUUCAAGGAUUUCAAAUUAGAUAAUAUUCCUUAUUACUGUACCAAAGUCUACUUUGCUUAAUCAAUUGACAAUUAUUUAAUAAUUAUAUGUUGUAUAAAAGAAAACCAAAUGUAAUAAAUGAAUCUUAUUAAUAAA